GAGGUUUCAGUUCUGGGAUCUGUAUUUCAGGGGUUGGGGGUCCAUUCGAUUUCUUUUUAAUGACCUCUAUUCAGAAGUAUUGGUGAGAGAAAAGUUAGCUAUUUUUUCAAAGAGGGUUUUAUAUUAUUGAAUUCAAAGUCACGAAUUCAUCUCUACUAAAUUAAACUAGAAGUGACCUCAGCCUUUCCCAUGGGGAGGAGGAUAUAGUGGAACAGACAGUAGCUGACUCAAUUAAAGGGCAGUAUAGUAGAACAGACAGUAGCUGAGUCAAUAAAAGGGCAGUAUAGUAGAAUAGACAGUAGCUGACUCAAUAAAAGGGCAGUAUAGUAGAACAGACAGUAGCUGACUCAAUAAAAGGGCAGUAUAGUAGAAUAGACAGUAGCUGACUCAAUAAAAGGGCAGUAUAGUGGAACAGACAGUAGCUGAGUCAAUAAAAGGGCAGUAUAGUGGAACAGACAGUAGCUGAGUCAAUAAAAGGGCAGUAUAGUAGAACAGACAGUAGCUGACUCAAUAAAAGGGCAGUAUAGUGGAACAGACAGUAGCUGACUCAAUAAAAGGGCAGUAUAGUAGAACAGACAGUAGCUGACUCAAUAAAACGGCAGUAUAGUGGAACAGACAGUAGCCGAUUCAUGAUCUCCUGUUGGAACAUUUCCUCAUAGCAACCAGAAUGACCAAUCCAUGUAUCAGAAUACCUAGUUAGUCGCUGACUGUCUGCUUUUAGCUUGGUGUGGUUUUAGUGUGGGCAACAGCUUACUUUACAGGCUUUUGACUCAAGGUAAUACUGAUCUGAGAACACCGUAAGUACAGGCUGAAACUGGUCUGUCUGUUGGCCACACUAUAGCUCUAGGUGUCUGAACUAGUGUUAUACUAGUGUUAACUAGUGUUAUACUUUUCUGAGCAGACCCUAAUAAGCACUUACUUGGGGCCAAUGCCUCUUGGCUGUCCUCUUCCCCCCCGACAGACCUAAAAAUCAGACCAACUCACUGUUCCAAUAGAUUCCUAUCCCAGAUAGAUCCUCAGAACCAACUCACUGUUUCAAUAGAUUCCUGUCCCAGAUAGAUCCUCAGAACCAACUCACUGUUCCAAUAGAUUCCUGUCCCAGGAAUUCGUUCCUCCUCAGUUAAAGGUCCAAGGGUUAGGUUAUGUUGCCCCGUCCAUCCUGACCUCAACCUCCGCUUUGUCCUAACGUUUCUCCAAGCAGGUCAAGGGUGAACUGUGGCACAGACACACACACACACACACACACAGAUAAGAGAUCUGUGGAACUGAACUGGCAGCAACAGUGCCCAGUAUCCCUCUUCGAGUAUUGGCCGUUACCUCAGAAUAAACCUAAGCCUUGUUGGGGCAUAUUUUCUCAUAGUCUGGGAGCACACACACACACACACACACACACACACACACACACACUUCCUGGCUCACCGACCACUUCCAGGAUUUUGAAUGUUGGUCCCCAAAUAGUCCUCAAGUAUACUAAGAGAGUAUGCGUGACGCAUCUGUGGGGUUGGCCGGCUCUGAUGGCCCCGUUCAAACACACUACAGGCAGGUUGCUACAGAUUGAUGAGGUCCACAUAGAUAUACCCUACUACUGAUGAGGUAGUAUGAUGAUGGCCCCGUUCAAACACACUACAGGCAGGUUGCUACAGAUAUAGCCUACUACUACUACAGAUGAGGGCCACAUAGAACUACUUCUACUACUACAGAUUGAUGAGGUCCAUGUAGAACUACUACUACUGAUGAGCUCCACAUAGAUAUAGCCUACUGCUACUACAGAUGAGGGCCACAUAGAACUACUACUACUACUACUACUACUACUACUACUACUACUACUACAGAUUGAGGUCCAUGCCGAUAUAGCCUACUGCUACUACAGAUGAGGGCCACAUAGAACUACUACUACUACUACAGAUGAGGGCCACAGAACUACUACUACUACUACAGAUGAGGGCCACAUAGAACUACUACUACUUCUACUACUACAGAUUGAUGAGGUCCAUGUAGAACUACUACUACAGAUUGAGGUCCACGUAGAUAUAUCCUACUACUACUACAGAUGAGGGCCACAUAGAACUACUACUACUACUACAGAUUGAUUAGGUCCAUGUAGAACUACUACUACUACUGAUGAGGUCCACAUAGAUAUAGCCUACUGCUACUACAGAUGAGGGCCACAUAGAACUACUACUACUACUACUACUACUACUACUACUACAGAUUGAGGUCCAUGCCGAUAUAGCCUACUGCUACUACAGAUGAGGGCCACAUAGAACUACUACUACUACUACAGAUGAGGGCCACAGAACUACUACUACUACUACAGAUGAGGGCCACAUAGAACUACUACUACUUCUACUACUACAGAUUGAUGAGGUCCAUGUAGAACUACUACUACAGAUUGAGGUCCACGUAGAUAUAUCCUACUACUACUACAGAUGAGGGCCACAUAGAACUACUACUACUACUACAGAUUGAUGAGGUCCAUGUAGAACUACUACUACUGAUGAGGUCCACAUAGAUAUAGCCUACUGCUACUACAGAUGAGGGCCACAUAGAACUACUACUACUACUACUACUACUACUACUACUACUACAGAUUGAGGUCCAUGCCGAUAUAGCCUACUGCUACUACAGAUGAGGGCCACAUAGAACUACUACUACUACUACAGAUGAGGGCCACAGAACUACUACUACUACUACAGAUGAGGGCCACAUAGAACUACUACUACUUCUACUACUACAGAUUGAUGAGGUCCAUGUAGAACUACUACUACAGAUUGAGGUCCACGUAGAUAUAUCCUACUACUACUACAGAUGAGGGCCACAUAGAACUACUACUACUACUACAGAUUGAUUAGGUCCAUGUAGAACUACUACUACUACAGAUGAGGUCCACGUAGAUAUACCCUACUACAGAUGAGGUCCACGUAGAUAUACCCUACUACUGAUGAGGUCCAUGUAGAUAUACCCUACUACUGAUGAGGUCCACGUAGAUAUACCCUAAUACUACAGAUUGAUGAGGUCCACGUAGAUAUACCCUACUACUGAUGAGGUCCACGUAGAUAUACACUACUACUGAUGAGGUCCACGUAGAUAUACACUACUACUGAUGAGGUCCACGUAGAUAUACACUACUACUACUACAGAUUGAUGCCUUUUACAUUUGAGUAAUUUAGCAGUCUCUCUUAUCCCAAGGGACCUAGUUAGUGCUUUCAUCUUAAAGGGAAUACUGCAGGUUUAGGUUUCUGUUAAACAUUCUGAUUGGGUUCAUCCUUCCAACUAAAAGUCCCAAUACGACAUAUCACUUUCUCGACGUCAAAGCCACAACGUUUUGUUGAUAUAGGAGUUUUUUGAUGAAUAUAAUCCAAAUUGCGAAGAAAGUGUACGUACAAUUAAAUGGAAUAAAAUCAAUCUUUGUUAGAGUUGUGGAAUAUAUAUUGUGCAACGUUUUACGAUAGCUAGGUGAGACGACACACAUCACAGUCGUAAGUAGCUAAGAGAAACGACCACAGCACAGUCGUAAGUAGCUAAGAGAAACGACCACAGCACAGUCGUAAGUAGCUAAGAGAAACGACCACAGCACAGUCGUAAGUAGCUAAGAGAAACGACCACAGCACAGUCGUAAGUAGCUAAGAGAAACGACCACAGCACAGUCGUAAGUAGCUAAGAGAAACGACCACAGCACAGUCGUAAGUAGCUAAGAGAAACGACCACAGCACAGUCGUAAGUAGCUAAGAGAAACGACCACAGCACAGUCUUAAGUAGCUUAGAGAAACGACCACAGCACAGUCGUAAGUAGCUAAGAGAAACGACCACAGCACAGUCGUAAGUAGCUAAGAGAAACGACCACAUCACAGUCGUAAGUAGCUAAGAGAAACGACCACAGCACAGUCGUAAGUAGCUAAGAGAAACGACCACAGCACAGUCGUAAGUAGCUAAGAGAAACGACCACAGCACAGUCGUAAGUAGCUAAGAGAAACGACCACAGCACAGUCGUAAGUAGCUAAGAGAAACGACCACAGCACAGUCGUAAGUAGCUAAGAGAAACGACCACAGCACAGUCGUAAGUAGCUAAGAGAAACGACCACAGCACAGUCGUAAGUAGCUAAGAGAAACGACCACAGCACAGUCGUAAGUAGCUAAGAGAAACGACCACAGCACAGUCGUAAGUAGCUAAGAGAAACGACCACAGCACAGUCGUAAGUAGCUAAGAGAAACGACCACAGCACAGUCGUAAGUAGCUAAGAGAAACGACCACAGCACAGUCGUAAGUAGCUAAGAGAAACGACCACAGCACAGUCUUAAGUAGCUUAGAGAAACGACCACAGCACAGUCGUAAGUAGCUAAGAGAAACGACCACAGCACAGUCGUAAGUAGCUAAGAGAAACGACCACAUCACAGUCGUAAGUAGCUAAGAGAAACGACCACAGCACAGUCGUAAGUAGCUAAGAGAAACGACCACAGCACAGUCGUAAGUAGCUAAGAGAAACGACCACAGCACAGUCGUAAGUAGCUAAGAGAAACGACCACAGCACAGUCGUAAGUAGCUAAGAGAAACGACCACAGCACAGUCGUAAGUAGCUAAGAGAAACGACCACAGCACAGUCGUAAGUAGCUAAGAGAAACGACCACAGCACAGUCGUAAGUAGCUAAGAGAAACGACCACAGCACAGUCGUAAGUAGCUAAGAGAAACGACCACAGCACAGUCGUAAGUAGCUAAGAGAAACGACCACAGCACAGUCGUAAGUAGCUAAGAGAAACGACCACAGCACAGUCGUAAGUAGCUAAGAGAAACGACCACAUCACAGUCGUAAGUAGCUAAGAGAAACGACCACAGCACAGUCGUAAGUAGCUAAGAGAAACGACCACAUCACAGUCGUAAGUAGCUAAGAGAAACGACCACAGCACAGUCGUAAGACAUAUCUUUAAGAUUAUCUUUGAGGUUGGGUUGCAGACAUUUUCUGAAGAUGGGCAGGGACUCUUAGCAUCAGGGGGCAGCUGUUUCCUCCAUUGGGGUGACUGGAUAGGGAAGAGCUUUGACUGGGCUGAGCAGAAGCUGACCUCCUGUAGGGGUGGAAUGGCCAAGAGACCAGAGGUGGGUUGGGAUGUUGGGUUUGAGCAUAGCCUGAAGGUAGGGAGGGGCGGUUCCUCUUGCUAUUCCAUGGUCUUUCAGAGGAUGCGAGCUUUGACUGAAGCCAGUGGAGUGUACGGAGGAGCAGGGUGACAUGGGAGAACUUGAGAAAGUUGAACACCUGACGGGCUGCAGCCUUCUGGAUAAGUUGCAGUAGUCCAGAUGGGAUAUGACGAGUACCCGGAUUAGGACCUGCACCACUUCCUGUGUGAGUGCGUCAGGACCCCAUGCUCGGCGCCUCCGAGAUGUUCAACAGCUUUCUAAGGAAAGCCCAGCAGGAGACCCAGCAGAUCCCAACCGAAGAGGUUCCUCUGGAGAUCUACCUGUCUAACGGCCAGAAGGUCGAGGUCAACAUCCUGACCUCCGACCAAACAGAGGACGUCCUCGAGGCUGUUGCGUCAAAACUGGACCUUCCUGAUGAGCUGGUUGGUUAUUUCAGUCUCUUCCUGGUUCGAGAAGGAGUGGACGGGGGAUUAACGUUUGUGAGGAAGCUGCAGGAGUUUGAGUUACCGUACGUAUCAGUCACCAGCUUACGAAGCUCAGAGUUCCACAUCAUCCUGCGGAAAAGUUACUGGGACACGGCGUAUGACAGUGAUGUGAUGGACAACCGAGUGGGACUAAAUCUACUAUACACUCAGACGGUGUCGGACAUAGAUAGAGGCUGGAUCCUCGUUAACAAGGACCAGCACAGACAGCUGAAAUCACUGCAGGAGAAAGGAUCCAAGAAAGAAUUCAUUAGGCUCGGUCAGACGCUGAAGUACUUUGGCUACAUCAAGUUUGACCCGUGCGUGACAGACUUCCCGGAGAAGGGCUGUCACGUGAUCGUCUCUGCAGGCAACAACGAACUUAACUUCCAGGUCAAGCUGCCCAAUGAACAGAUGAAGGAGGGGAGCUUCAAGGUCACGCGCAUGAGGUGCUGGAGGGUCACUUCGUCUCAGGUCCCGGUAGUGAACGGCUCCUCCUCCCCAACCCCGGGCCCCUGCUCCUCAGCCAAGUGUGAGGUGAAGUUGGAGCUGGCCUUCGAGUAUCUGAUGAGCAAAGAUCGUCUCCAGUGGGUCACCAUCACCAGCCCACAGGCAAUCAUGAUGAGCAUCUGUCUUCAGUCGAUGGUUGAUGAGCUGAUGGUGAAGAAGUCAGGAGGAAGCAUCAAGAAGAUGCUAAGGAAACGUCACAAUGGCCCCUUGCAUCGGUCUGAAAGUCAGCAAGCUGUGAAAUCCCCCCCUCUACUGGACUCUCCUGACCCAAACCGAGACCAGAUUGUCAAACUCUCAACUAAGCUGAGCUCUGUGUCUCUCAGAGGGAUCAGCGCCUCCAACUCAGCCAAUGACAUCAGCGGCAACGAUUUCCAUGGCAACUAUGCCUUCGAGGGGAUCGGGGAUGAUGACCUGUAAUAUUCACCCCUUCCCCACCUCCACCUGUCGAACGCAAUCUGCAAAGAUUUCCAAGCUGAGCCGAGCGGAUUGUCUGAUUCUGUAAGAUUGUAGCCCUUCCUGGGAGUCUGCUGCCUGCCUUAAGAUCAGUCUUGUCGUAUCAGCUUCACAAAGACUGCCAUCUGUCUUAUGUGUUUCAGGUACAGAAUGACUGACUACCCACUGCCCUCCUGUUUUACAAUCCUAUGUUUAUUGAAUUGUUUUAUUUCUGCCUUUUCUAUACCAGACAUUCAACUUAAUAAAAUAUCAAGAACAAAUAGAACUAAAAUUACAGUCUGAAGUCUAAUCCACGGGGGUCAUGCUGUGAAACACUCAAUUGACGUUGAAAUGACUAAAACCAAGUGGAAGCUGUGUAUCAGUGAUAAUGGACCUACGUCUAUAGUCUCUACACUCUGUCCAGCUUGAUAAGUCAUUUAUAGUCUCUUCACUCUGUCCAGCUAGCUGACGGUCAUCUAUAGUCUCUUCACUCUGUCCAGCUAGCUGACGGUCAUCUAUAGUCUCUUCACUCUGUCCAGCUAGCUGACAGUCAUCUAUAGUCUCUUCACUCUGUCCAGCUAGCUGACGGUCAUCUAUAGUCUCUUCACUCUGUCCAGCUAGCUGACAGUCAUCUAUAGUCUCUUCACUCUGUCCAGCUAGCUGACAGUCAUCUAUAGUCUAUUCACUCUGUCCAGCUAGCUGACAGUCAUCUAUAGUCUCUUCACUCUGUCCAGCUAGCUGACAGUCAUCUAUAGUCUCUUCACUCUGUCCAGCUAGCUGACAGUCAUCUAUAGUCUCUUCACUCUGUCCAGCUAGAUAAGUAAUCUAUAGUCUCUUCACUCUGUCCAGCUAGCUGACAGUCAUAGAAAUGAAUGCUGGACAGGGAUCAUAGUAAAUUCCAGAAAUCCAUGCUUGUAACAUCAGUAGCUACAGUAGACUAUGCUUCAGAGGGAGGGGCAGGUAGCCUACAAACACACUGGCAAAGAUGUUCAGCUGGCAGGCACAGACAGACACUGGAAUGACUUCCUGAGUGAUAAAGUGAGGGCUUUGCAUUGGUGCUUUGUUGCGUUUUUUUUUUUUUUGUGGGAAUGAAAAAUACCCAGAAUGUAAAAGAGCGUUAUCAACCAGUUCCCAUGCUUUUAGAAGAACGGUUCUGUUCUGGAACAGUAUUGAUCACUUCCAUUCUCGGUUCUGGUUCUGUUCCUCCGAAAAUGUAGUUAUUUUUCUGUUCUGUUCCCUGAACCAGUUCCAACCCCUGGUCUUCAUAUAUGACUUUCUACCAUAGAGCGUCCUGACAUUCCUUCAUUCUACCAUAGAGCGUCCUGACAUUCCUUCAUUCUACCAUAGAGCGUCCUGACAUUCCUUCAUUCUACCAUAGUCCUGACAUUCCUUCAUUCUACCAUAGUCCUGACAUUCCUUCAUUCUACCAUAGAGCGUCCUGACAUUCCUUCAUUCUACCAUAGAGCGUCCUGACAUUCCUUCAUUCUAUCCUUAGAGCGUCCUGACAUUCCUUCAUUCUAUCCUUAGAGCGUCCUGACAUUCCUUCAUUCUACCAUAGAGCGUCCUGACAUUCCUUCAUUCUACCAUAGAGCGUCCUGACAUUCCUUCAUUCUACCAUAGAGCAUCCUGACAUUCCUUCAUUCUACCAUAGAGCGUCCUGACAUUCCUUCAUUCUACCAUAGAGCGUCCUGACAUUCCUUCAUUCUACCAUAGAGCGUCCUGACAUUCCUUCAUUCUACCAUAGAGCGUCCUGACAUUCCUUCAUUCUACCAUAGAGCGUCCUGACAUUCCUUCAUUCUACCAUAGAGCGUCCUGACAUUCCUUCAUUCUACCAUAGAGCGUCCUGACAUUCCUUCAUUCUACCAUAGAGCGUCCUGACAUUCCUUCAUUCUACCAUAGAGCGUCCUGACAUUCCUUCAUUCUACCAUAGAGCGUCUUGACAUUCCUUCAUUCUACCAUAGAGCGUCCUGACAUUCCUUCAUUCUACCAUAGAGCGUCCUGACAUUCCUUCAUUCUACCAUAGAGCGUCCUGACAUUUCUUCAUUCUACCAUAGAGCGUCCUGACAUUCCUUCAUUCUACCAUAGAGCGUCCUGACAUUCCUUCAUUCUACCAUAGAGCGUCCUGACAUUCCUUCAUUCUACCAUAGAGCGUCCUGACAUUCCUUCAUUCUACCAUAGAGCGUCCUGACAUUCCUUCAUUCUACCAUAGAGCGUCCUGACAUUCCUUCAUUCUACCAUAGAGCGUCCUGACAUUCCUUCAUUCUAAAAGGGGCCUUGUGUCUUUGUCUUCAUCGGUGUCUUUUCUUUUAGCCUGUAAUUCUGUCACAUCAGAAAUCCAAGGUACGUUGUCAAUUCUAGCUCUUGAAAUGGGUUACUUAUCCGUGGAAUGUAAGUGUUAAUGUUGCCAAUAUGCCAAAAUGUUUUCCCCAAUAACUUCCUUUGUAGGGUGUUAUUGAUCUUCCCCAUUUCAUAACAGUGCUGUUUUAAUGAUGAUUAGUAUGAGUUUUAAUGUGAAUCUCCAAGUACAAGUUUCAGACUUGUUUAAUAUUGCCAGAAAGAUGAUUGGAACAUUUCCACUUCUGGUCCACCAACCAAGUGUCAGCCUUAGCUAAUGCGACCUCACCAGCUAGAAUCUUGCAGGAGGAGAUGUGGUUUGAUUUGGUCAGCUGAACUGCUUGCACUUCCUGAACCCAGAAUUUUGCACAGUAUUACAGAUGGAGAUGGAUAUUUAUUAAGUAAUGUGGAGCAUGAAAAACAAUGGUCUGCUUCCUAAAUGGCACCCUAUUCCCUAUUUAGUACACUACUUUAGACCAGGGCCUAUAGGGGUAGUGCACUACUUUAGACCAGGGCCUAUAGGGGUAGUGCAUUACUUUAGACCAGGGCACAUUAUAUAACCCUAUUCCCUAUAUAGUGCACUACUUUAGACCAGGGUAUUAUAUAACCCUAUUCCCUAUAUAGUGCACUACUUUAGACCAGGGUAUUAUAUAACCCUAUUCCCUAUAUAGUGCACUACUUUAGACCAGGGUAUUAUAUAACCCUAUUCCCUAUAUAGUGCACUACUUUAGACCAGGGUAUUAUAUAACCCUAUUCCCUAUAUAGUGCACUACUUUAGACCAGGGUAUUAUAUAACUCUAUUCCCUAUAUAGUGCACUACUUUAGACCAGGGCACAUUAUAUAACCCUAUUCCCUAUAUAGUGCACUACUUUAGACCAGGGCACAUUAUAUAACCCUAUUCCCUAUAUAGUGCACUACAUAGGGAAUAGGGUACCAUGGAAUAUUUCCAAAGGGUUCUGAAAAUCCAUCAUUUCUUGUUCUCCCCCCCCCCUCACCAAUUUGUUUUGUGGUUCUUCAUAAAUGCCAAAAUUAUAGUUUACUAAAGCAUUUUGCACAACAAACGUUUAUUUUAUUGUUUUAAAGCCAUGGUAUAAAGUGACUGAUAGAUGUACAUGUAAGUCAAAUAUUCUGAACGUUGUAGUAACAUCUGAAUAGUCAAUAGUUUGUCAUCAAAAACAGAUCAAAUGUAAAUCAAUUGUUUACAGAAUGAUUUUUUUUAAAUAAUUUUUUUAGUUGUAAUGAAAAGUGUAUUAAAAUACCAUGUCCGAUUUUGAUUAUUGAUUGUGUUAGUUUAGCAAACAAAGUUUUGGGGGUUUGUGUAACAUUUUUCUUGAAUAAACAAUGAGGCAAUCAUCUCAAGAGUUGCUUAAUUUGA